CAAAAUCGAAUUCAAUUUAAUUUUGGUAAUGAUGUUGAGACAUUCAUGCUUGAGCAUAUUAGUAAAGUUGUGGACGUUAUUGGAGAUGGACAUUGCGGAUAUCGCUCAUUUGCAGAGCUUUUAGGAUGGGGAGAAAUAGAAUGGGUUAGAGUUCAAAGGGAGUUAGCGGAAGAACUAGAUCAUCAUCGUGGGCUGUAUGAUCCUAUAUGCCUUCUUGGCACUAUUGAUGACUUGCGGAAACAAAUAGACUACUACAUUAGUCCAACACCACCCCGACAUUGGAUACAUAUGCCGCACACAUGGUUGAUCUUUGCAACGUUAUAUCAGGUUAUUUUAGUGCAUCUUGACCUCCACGAACCAGUAACUUGUUUGCCCAUGAUCGCUCCUCCUGGUAGUAGUCCUCCAGAGACAAUUUUUUGCAUUGCUCGGCUUCAUUCCCAACAACACUACAUAGCUAUUUGGCUUAACAACAAUGCUCAGUUGCCACCAGUGAUUACGACAUGGUCUUACUAUCACGACGCUAGUGUUACGGGAUGGGAUACUCCACUUCUUCAUCGAAUUAAACAGUUUACAGAACGCCGUAAUUUUAUAAGAGAUCCCG